CCAAGUCAAGUCAUAUUUCUCCUCAACUUCACUCCAACAACAAAAACUCCCCAAGAUGAUGCGCAUUUCGUUCCUCUCCAUGCUCCUUGCAGUCUUGAUUGUCAUGGCAUCUGCUUCCCACCACGAUGAAGCCGGUCGUGCGCUUCGUACCCCUGCUUCCCACCAGCACAAGAACAAGCAUGAGACUCGCAAACUUGAUGAAAGUGGAGACAGUGGAGACAGUGGAGAUAGUGGAGACGGUGAAGGUGAAAGUGGUGACGAUGCUGAUGAUACUGAUGAUGAGGACUGCUAUGAUGCGUGCUGGGGUGAUGCUACUGACGAAGACAUCGAUGCCUGGACUGAGGACCAAUGGGUUGAAUGGGAGACAUGUACUGAUGCAGCCUGUGAUUGCGCCGAUGACGAAUGCGCAGCUGAUCCGGAUUGUGUGGAGGCUGCCUCCUGUGCAUAGAUGAAUCCAUGUAGACGAACAAAGGAAGGAAGGAAGGAAGGAAAGAGGAGAAUCAAGAAUAUGGGCAUCAAGCAAGAUGCAAGGACGGUUUGCUAGUUUGCUGGCGAGUUGCUCCACAUUUUUUAAAUGCCUGCACAACUGCAUGGCU